CUAGCCACAGCGGAUGUACGAAGGAGUUCUUAAUCACACGAACUGGCGGGUUUUUCAAAAAAAAAAAAUCCGUGGCGGGAACAUUUGACAACUGUCAACAUUUUUCGUUGUGAAUGAGAAAUUGUUAGUGAAUUUAUUUGUGCAGCCAAGUGAUUUGAGUUGUGAAAGAUAUUGCGGUCAGUAGUCGAGAACUAUCACACGGCAGUACCAGGCGUCACCAACUCGCCACUCGCGCCGCAGUCGCUACUCAACCGUCGCGCAGGUCACACGUGCGCGCGCGCCGCUCGUUGAAGAUUUAGUGUAUUGUGUUUGUGUGUGUGUGAAGUGAAGAUGCAGGGGCGUGAUAAGCUGUGCGCCAAGUUGACCAGCGCGUUCCUCAGGAAGUGGUGGUUCGUGUUAGCCUCAGCAGUGGUACUGCUGCUGGUGGGCAUAAUCUGCGGCAUAUUCUUCUCUUCCUGGGUCCGGCUCGUCAUAGACCAUGAGUUGGUCCUUCGACCCGGAUCCAUGACGUUCGACUGGUGGGCGAGGCCCCCGGUGCGUCCCUUCGUGCGUGUCUACGUGUACAACGUCACCAACGCUGAUGAGUUCCUCAAUAACGGCUCCAAGCCGAUCUUGGAUGAGCUGGGACCAUACGUCUACUCAGAGGAGUGGGAGAAAGUAAACAUAACGGACAAUGAGAAUGGUACCCUGUCCUUCCACUACCGGCGCAGCUAUACCUUCAUGCCAGAGUUGAGCGCGGGGCCUGAUGAUGACUCCGUCGUGGUGCCCAAUAUACCCAUGCUGAGUGCAACGUCACAGUCGAAGCACGCCGCGCGCUUCUUGCGUCUGGCGAUGGCAUCCAUAAUGGACAUCCUGAAGAUCAAGCCGUUCGUGGAAGUGUCUGUCGGCCAGCUCCUUUGGGGCUACGAGGAUCCGCUGCUAAAGCUCGCGAAAGACGUGGUGCCCAAGGAGCAGAAACUGCCAUAUGAGGAGUUUGGACUCUUCUACGGGAAAAACGGCACGGCACCCGAGGAGGUGGUGAUGUUCUCCGGUGGUAGCGACAUCACGAAGUACGGCAUCAUCCAGCGGUACAACCACCGCGACCGUCUGCCGCACUGGCUCACGGACCAGUGCAACAGCAUCGCGGGCUCCGACGGAUCUAUCUUCCCGCCGCACAUUACCAGGAACGACACGCUGCACAUCUACGACAAGGACCUCUGCAGGCUGCUGCCGCUCAGAUAUCUGAAGGAUGUGGAGUCGGCUGCUGGUGUGGAAGGGUUCCGCUUCACUCCUCCAGAGGACGUGUUCGCCAGCGAUGAACACAACAAGUGCUUCUGUCCCGCCGGACCGCCCUGCUCCCCUAACGGACUGUUCAACGUAUCCCUCUGCCAAUACGACUCCCCUAUAAUGCUAUCCUUCCCUCACUUCUACCUUGCUGACGAAAGCCUCCGGGAAGCUGUUGAGGGCAUCUCUCCUCCGGACCCAGAGAAACACAGGCUCUAUAUCGACGUUCAGCCGGAGAUGGGCACAGCGAUGCAGGCCCGCGCCAGGAUUCAGAUUAACCUGGCCGUCUCGCAGGUCGUGGACAUCAAGCAGGUCGCCAACUUCCCUGACAUCGUCUUCCCCAUCCUCUGGUUCGAAGAGGGUAUCGACGAGUUGCCCGACCAGGUGUCGUCGCUCCUCCGGCUGGCGACGCGAGUGCCACCCAUCGUGCACUCUGUCCUAGCCUGGGGCCUCUCGGCACUCGGGGCCCUGCUUAUACUGCUGGCGGUCACUUGCCUCGUCCGAUCAUCACACCGUCAAAGUACACUCAGACUCGAAGGCCACGCAGUCUCCAAACCGCCUCCCGCCAAAACGCCGAGCAAAGACAACGGUUAUGAACUGAACAAUAGGAGAUAAUAAAUGUGACAUUGACAUUACAGUUAUUACAGCGCCAUCUGUGUUUGAAGCCCUGGACGACAGGCUAAGUGAACAUUUUACUGUGAUUGUUUGAAUCUUGAAAUGUCAUUUACUUAAUAACUCAAUCCAUCAGGUUGUGUAACUGUGAAAGUUUUCAUAUGUCUCAUAUUUUAAGCGCAACUAACUGCGUAACUGGCAACGUUUCUAUAAAAGUAUUGACCGCAUUUCAUGACAAUACUUUUUCCACAACAAUUUUGAGCGGUGUUGUUUUCUCUUUUGAGGGGAAAUUAAAGGACACAUACUGUGAUCAUAACAAUUAAGACAUAUUAGUUAUCACAACCCCAAACGUUAAUAUGAACUGGUAUUAAAAAAAUGCUAUCAGGUUUGAAAAUAAUUUUGCAGUUUGUAAUUUUAUGAUUCAAUCACUUUCAGAAGUUAUGUUAGCCUGUCGAUCAGUGCCUUAGAAUUUAUUUAUGUUUAGUGUUUGUCGCUCUCACAAUAAUAAUUUGACAGCUUGACGCUGACAUCUGUAAUUUUGACAUCAUCCCUAGAAAUAGGAUAUUUUGCUUUAAAGCGUCAAUUGUUCCAUUAUUAAUGAUAUUUUAACAAAAUGCUCAUUUUGUAUUAUGAAAAUUGGUGGGUGAUUAUAAAUUAAUGAUAUUAUAUAAUAAUCCUAAGUUUUCUGUGUACGUUAUUUUGUUGCCAGGUGCAAUAAUAGAUUAGUGAUGACGUGGGGAAGAUUACUGUGUAUUUUGGCAAAAUUUACCUCGAGAAUCGCAAAUAUCUAUUUUGGAAUUAAUGAUACUUCCGUGAUGGCAAUUUGUCCUUAGUUUGAAAUUUAAUGUAAAAGGUUUCUAUUCUAAACUUUAAUACUACUUUAUUGAGAAAGAUUAUGUUUUUUUGGAGAAAAUCAAAAAUUUCGUAAAAGGCUCUUCGCCUAAAGUGUGCGUAAAGAUUCAUUUCUCAUCAAUUAGUUAGUACAACACAGAGUUUCGCAGAUAUUUUUUGGUGGUUAUACUAAUAUGAAUAUUUAUUUUUUCUGUCAAGGUGACACAGUACUCUGACACAGAUCUGGAUAAUAAUACUACUUUAAAUAUCUUGUAAUAAAAUAAUAUUAGCUGAAAUAUAGAAAGUAAUCUAAUUGUGCACUGCGCUUCAACGAAUCUUCCAACGAUAUGUGAUAAAUAGUUUUCUUUUUAUACAAGUUUUGAACAAAUUUUAGGGUAAUUACUACUUAUACUAUGUUGGCAAAGACAUUCUGUAUAUACGAUCUUUUGUCUAUGGGCUUUGGGUUGCCAUUACAAUUUAUCUUUUUUAUGAGAGGUGUAUAAAAUGUAUUUUUAAAUCGUUUAUUACCGUUAGUAACUAGUCUAUGUGGGUCCGUCCUUAGACCUCUAGGUGAACUAUUUUUACCAUUUAUAUUUCCUGCUCAAUGGGCGGUAUGGUUCGUAGGUUUAAUAUAUAUGUUUAGUUAACUAAAAUCUUUAUAAGCAUCACGGUAAUCCUAAAUAUCAUUCUUAUUACAAUUUAGACAUUAUUAUUUUGUAAACAAUUAGUUAUGACUUAUAUUUUAACCAUAGACAAUGGUUAGUUGGAAUCGUUUGACAAUAAAUAUUUUAUAUGGUUUUAAUUUUUUUAAUAGUGGGUGAAAUUUACAUUGUUAUAGUUUUACUCAAUGAAAUAUCUUACAGAACAACGAAAAAAUUUUUUUUUAAAUUCAGGCCCAUAAAAAUCGUUUUAAUUGGAAAUAUAGUGUUCUGUGAGCAUAUUUCUUAUAUUGCAACACAGACUAACGUCAAACGGCUGUAAAUAAGUUGACAAGAAUUAAUAUACAUUUCGUGGCGCAAGCAAACUAGAAGAAUGUGAAUCUAUAAUAAAACACUUAUAUUACAAGACUGAUUGCAUUCGUCCAUUUAUUAAUAUAAAAUAUUUGUUGGGUUGUUGACGUUUACUGUGUUGCCAAAUGACGUACCAACGACUUGCUCAAAUUUGCGACUUAAAUGUACUCUUUUUAAAAUAUAAAAUGUAAAUAUGAAUAAAGGUUUAAGUUUAUUUA